AUGCAUGCCAAACCAUGGUAUAAGUUGGAGAUCAAUGUCUAUGAUAAGAAUGAUGAUGCAAACUUUAUUUUCUGGGAUCGUGAAUGUUCUGAACUAAUAGGGAUGUCUGCUCUUGAGCUUAGAGAGUUGAUGAGAGAAAUAUUCAAAAAUUUCUGCAUAUUCAGUGCAUCUCAAGCUGAUCAACCAAAGUCUAAUGAAAAUCAAGUUUUUCAGCAAGACAAUAUAAGAAUAUAUGAUAAAGUGAGGCAAAAGGGUUUGUUUUUGGAUAGUUCCAAUGAAUGGGAAGACAGUGACGAGAAUAUAUCUUCAAUAAUGAGUGAGGUAAUCUUGGAAAGCAUGCAUGUGAAGAAAAGAGAAAUAGUGUGCCAGGAAAAUAACAGUGAUUUGGAUCUUUCCUGCAGUUAA